GAUCGUGAAUACGAUCCCAAGGACUGGGACUGGAAGGAUGAUUAUGGCUGGGUCAAGAAGGAUCCCGAGAACCAGGCUGCAGAUGACAACCACGACUCCAAGGAGCCGAUCCAGGAGCAGCAAGCUGCAACUGACCAGGGCCUCGAUUUCAAGAGCUGGGUGAAGGAGUUUGAUUCCGAUCAGGAAGGCGAAGGGGAUGGGGGCCAGAUCGCCGGCCUCGAGGGUUCCGAGGACAACCACAAUGCUGCUGGUUGUGGUUGGCAAGCCUGGGAGGCAGACUUCAUCAAUCGAGAGAUCGCCUCGGAUGGAGAG